AUGAAAUUUGGUAAACAAUUAGAAAUCUCGGCGAAUCCUGAAUGGCGUGAUAAUUACGUCCAAUAUAAACGUUUAAAACGUUUAAUCAAGCGCGUUGCGUUUGAAAUGGAGAAAAAACAGCAGAAACAGCAGAAAUUACAGGAAAAGAUGGAGCAAAGUGUGCUUCCAAUGGAUGCGAGUCAAGUUCUGUAUGUGAAUGAAACGCAUCCUUUACUCAAGACGAUGGGGGAUGAAAUUCAAGAUGCAAAGGAUCAGUUUUGGCACGUUUUAGAGACAAAUCUUAAGCGUGUAAAUGAUUUCUAUAUGGGUAAAAUUGUCACGUUAUUACGAUCGAUUGGAGAAUUUGAAGCGGUGUUAGCGCACGAAAAAGUAGCAACAGGACAUGUGCAUGCACGUCCACGGACACACUCUCAAGUUGAUCACGGAUUUGCAGCACUACAGGACAUUUAUGAUACGUUGGUGGAUUUACGGACAUUUGUACAGAUCAAUCACUCGGGAUUUCGAAAAAUUGUCAAGAAGUUUGACAAAACAGUUAAAUCGCAUACGCAAGAAGCGUUUAUGAAGCGAUUGACGAAUGAACGCUUUUAUGUGUCGACUGACAUUGACGAGUUACUUGAUCGUGUGUUUCGACUUACGUCAAAGGACAAGCUAGAGGCUGGGAAUAUGGAACGUCGGAUACAGCGCAUGCAGGGCGACCAGAACUCGCUGCUUCGCAAGGUGAAAGUCGUCCCCUUCUGCAUCUCGGUCGCGCUUUUUGUGUUUCUACUGCUUGUUCGUAUAACGCCAAAAGGAGAGGAUGUUCAGCAACGAUGCUUGGCAAUGCUCGUUUUCAUUACAACAUUAUGGGUGACAGAGGCACUUCCGUACUUUGCUACAGCACUUCUUGUUCCUCCACUUGUCGUGUUCCUGCACAUUUUGAACGACAAGGCAGACCCCGAUACACUCCUCACAGCUAAGGAAUCUGCUAAGGAGGUGAUGUCAAUGCUCGUCAACCACACAACUAUUCUGAUCAUGGGCGGUUAUUCAAUCUCUGCAGCGUUUGCAAAGUGCCAGAUCGAGCUUUACAUUGCUGCAUUUUUGCAACGUCAAUUUAAAAAGAGCCCAAAUUUGUUCCUACUCGCAAUUAUGCUCAUGGGACUAUUCCUGUCGAUGUGGAUCAGCAACCAUACUGCCCCUGUGUUGUGCGUAUCGGUCUUGCUCCCAAUCAUCCGGGAUUUCCCCACCAAUAGCACUUAUGUGAAGACGCUUCUGAUCGGCUUGGCUUUUGCUUGCAACCUUGGUGGAAUGAUGACCCCGAUUUCGUCAUUACAAAAUACUCUUGCUGUGUCAUUUUUGGAGAAGGCUGGGUAUACCAUUACAUUUGGUCAAUGGAUGGCGAUAGCCGUACCGUUUUGCACCGUUAGCACGAUCAUGUGCUGGUUGUUUUUAUUGUGGGUAAUGGAUCCCCGAGAUGCCACAUGCAUCCCACAGAUUGUUUACGACCAAAAGCAAAAGAUCAGCACUCUCCACGUUGUUGUCAUUUCAAUGACGCUACUUACAAUCUUCUUGUGGGCAUCGUUUUCGGUGACAAGCACAACAUUUGGAGACUUGGGUAUCAUUUCGAUGAUCUUUAUGUUUAUCAUGUUCGGCACGGGUAUGCUCAGCCAGUUCGACUUUAACUCGUUCUCCUGGCAUAUUCUUUUCCUGAUCGGUGGUGGCAACGUCUUGGGAGAUGCUGUUCACCGAUCAGGACUUCUUGAUACUCUGAGCAAGUCGGUCAUCCACGCGCUGCCGUCCAAGGACGUUUGGAUGGUCACGGUCUCUUUGUGCAGUCUAGUAGUUUGCAUCACUACUUUUGUCUCGCACACGGUUGCUUCGAUCAUCCUCCUGCCAAUCAUUGUUCAAAUGGCAAUUCAGAUCGGGCACCCCCAUAUUCCUGUAAUCUGCUGUGCGCUGGCAAUUUCUGCAGCUAUGGCGCUCCCGUUCUCGUCCUUUCCGAACAUCAACUCGCUGCUAGUUUUGGACGACCACGGCCAGCAGUAUCUAAAAGUGAAAGACUUUCUUCGUGUGGGAGUGACGUUUUCGCUUGUAACAAUGGCUUUGAUUGUCACUUUAGGCUACGGUCUUAUUGUGCUCGUACUUGGGUACAAAAUUAAUCCGGGUCCACCACUCAUGGUGGGUUUGUAG